ACGCAGUACAAACAAACACUAAUGCCAAACGCUGGAUUUGAGAACGUGACAAAAUUUACUAUAAAACAAAACAACCUUAAACGCCUUACAACCACAACAAAAUUGUUUGCUGAUACGAUCAUAAUAACACUUACGCGUGGGUAGACGACUGCACUGGAUUAGAAGUAUACAGAAAUGAUGACGGGAGACUGGGUGAAUGACCUUCUUUCAUGCACCGAGGAAUUGACUUCACAGAAAUGCUCAGGCAAGAUAAUUUCCCACAAUGAUGAAUGCUAUCUGUUGAAGCCUAAACUUGAAAUGUCGACAGCAAACUACUUAGAUACUACUUCAAUGAUGGCUGAGGUGCAUCACAGUGAUUUGUCAGACAAACCUCAUUAUGAAAAAGAUGUUAUUAAACAGGAAGACAUUUGCCAAGAAAGAAAUGCAGAUAUGAUAUGCACAAGCAGUACAUCGCCUUAUUAUGAUGAAUUCAACCGCAGCCACAUUAGCCCACCCUACAGUGAUACUAGUAGCCAAGCAAGCCCCCAUACCACAGUACUUACACCACCCAGUCUAAAAGAAUACAACAGCCUUCCGUCACCUGUGUAUGAGAAACAGGUCCCAUUUGACAAUGUGCAUGGUGGCCAAACAAGUCCAGACUCCGUCAGCCAACCAGUAACGUCAAAGACGUCCACGCCGAUGCUGCCUCCAUGUCGUGUGUGUGGCGAGAAAGCAUCGGGAUUCCACUAUGGUGUCAAUACCUGUGAAGCUUGUAAGGGUUUUUUCCGUAGAAGUCUUAAGAGGAAAAUGGACUACAGAUGUCAAGGAUCAAUAGGCAAAGAAUGUAUUAUAGAACCUGGUCGACGAAACAGCUGUCCAAAGUGUCGUUACAAAAAGUGCCUUAAUGUGGGAAUGUCAAAAGAAGCAAUAAAAACAGGAAGGUAUACACAUGAGAAGCGUACCAAUGAUAUACGUGAGAUUAAACAACUUCAGAUGCAGGAAUUAGUUACCGAGUGUACACCUGAAUCAUCUACCAGACUGUCUCCUAUCCACAAUGACAUGCCUGGUAAUUCAUCCCCUUGUAUGUCAAGUGAAACACCACCUAUGACAAUAAAACAGGAGUUUUUUUGUGAUGAGGAAAUAGAAGGGUUGCUGUCAAAGAUGGACAAAGCACAGGAGGACAUGUAUGGUCCAUUGUGGAAAGUUUGGCUGGAUGAGGACAAUGAAAUCCUAACGAAAACACAAAAAUAUCAUGAAGAGUUUAUGGCUAAAAAAGAGUUAUUUGGAGAUUUGUCUGGUAUAUCAAAAGAAGAACAUCGUAACUUCUAUGACACAACAGGGAUUGACCUGGACAACCGACUUGAGAUGAUGAGCAACAUUGCUACCACCAUGGAAAAUGGAAUCACAAAGUAUAUUGGAUUUGCAAAAAACAUUCCUGGAUUCUCAGAGUUAUCAUUGGAUGACCAGGCAGCACUUGUGAAAAGUUCUAGGUUUGAGUUCUGGUUCUGGGGAUUUUAUAGGUUCAUCAAUGCUGACUUAGGAAUUACAACAAACUUAAAAGGAAACUGUUAUCACAUACGAGAACUCUUCAAACUGUGGGAUGAAACUUUCGUCACAACAUUAUUCAGUUUUGUGCGUUCUGUUCAAAAACUGAAUUUGUCAGUUCUGGAAAUAGCCAUUAUCAGAUGUAUUAUUCUGACGUACACAGAUCGCUGUAACUUGUCAGAUCCAGAAAAAGUGGAGAUGAUCCAAUGGAAGAUGAUCAUGUGCCUCAAAUACUUGGUGGAAAAAACACAUCGUCCUGAGGAACAUUUCCUUUCCAAGAUCUUUGACCGUCUUGCAGCAAUACGAUGUCUUACAGAAAUCAACACCAGAGUCUCUCAAAGCCUCAAGCUGGAAUGGCCUGUGAUUAAAAACCACCCUCUUUUGUUGGAACUCAUGUCUAUCUGAAGUUGUUCCAUCCCGUAUGAAAUGUGAUUGUUUGAGUUGUUUUUUGAGCAAAUUGAAAUGUGUCGUUCCAAUUAUGACAAUUUCAAGUAUUUGUUGUAUGACAAGUUCAUGUCUGAUGGGAAUAGACAGUUUUGUGCAAGGAAGGUUGUCACAUUUAUAUUUUAUGGAUUACCAAAAAUUAGGAUAUUUUACACUUGUUGUGAGAGUGCUUUAGUCUAAAUUUAAUAUACCAAACAAUUUACAGUAAGUUGAAAAUUUACAAUCCUAUUUUCUGGAUUCCUGGUAUUAAUGUACGUUUGAUAUUUUUAAGGUCAAACAUUGUCAUUGAUAAUUAACCAAUUACUCAGUCAAAACACAAUUAACUAAAUUCAAAAAUCAAUAACUGAGUGGGUAGACAUUUAAUACUACUUAGGUUCUACAGGUUUAUACUGAUAAGGUUUAUAAACAUUGAUUAAUAUCAAUGACAGAGCAUAACAAGAGCUUUUAGUGUUUUUUAUUCAGUUGUUUACUUUGCCAAAGUGAUGUCUCUAGUACGUGUACAAUCUAAAGCCUGUCCAUAUUUUAUAGAGAGACCAGAAACCAAAGUUAUAGCACUUGAUUUUAUAUUAUCCUCUGACCAAUAUCAUAUAUAUAUAUAUAUAUUCUCGUUGUUUCCAAACAUUGUGUGCGGAACAUGCAAUAUGUAAAAUUCAUCUACAUACAUUGUGCAUUUAAAUUGAUAUAUGUAUGAAAAAAUACCAAAGUCUAAAUACAUAGAAGUAUCCAAAUGUUUGGUAUUACGAGUUUUGGUCAUAUUUGCUUUAACACAUAAUUUUCAAAUGCCAAAGCUUGACUUAUUUUCAACUUCCAUAUACUGUACUGUAAAUAUGGUUAUUUCCACAGGGUGUUAUAUUUCGCAAUUUCGAUAAUCAAACUAUAUGCAUGGGGGUUAUUUCCAUGAUUUUUUCUUUUGAGUCUGUUCCAUAAAUACUAGAGGACAUUUUUGUAACCAAAUGGUCUUCAUGUAUUUAGCGUAAAUGCCCCCUUACGUAAAUUUUCACGUUUUCAUGAUUUAUAUAUCCGAAGAAAGUAGUUUUAUAAACUUAUGUGAUGGUGUUCAAAUUGAAAUAGACAGCAGUGUCAUUUGAUGACAAACAAAUUACAUGUAUGAUAAACCACAAGCGCAAACAUUAUAUGGGUCGGUCAUUUAUUAUAAAACGGGAUCAGUCUGAUGGUUGUAAAUGCAGUGUAUUCAGUCCAAAGUAAAACCCAGUACGAUCCAUACAGCAUUUGUGCAGACCAAAAAUAAUGUGAACACAUGAAAUCUACAAAAAUAUAUCUAAUCUGAACGAAUAUAUGGGUAUAUAAAUCCUAAUUGUUCAUUAUAGAAGAAUUAACGAAAAUACUGUUAUGAUUAAUCAAUUUGCUUGUUAAAUAUUUGUCACUAACUCCGGAAUCUUUUAGUUAUUUAACUAUAUUCAUGAAACACUUACAGACAUUCAGGCAUGUUGACAAAAUGAUGUGUAGCCUGUCUUUAUGAAAACUCUUUUGCUUUUUGUGCUUUUCUUCAUGUAUGGUAAUAAAUCAAUGGAGCAUUGUUUUUGACUCUGUAGGUCAUAAAACUCGGUCUUAGUUUAAGUGAUACUCCCUGUGGAUGACAGGUUUCAAUAUGUGGUUAAUCUGUAUAGGUUUCUAUGUGCAUUAAUCAAAAUAAAAUGUACAUUGAUGAUGAGUAAAAUAAUCAAAGGGAACAGUAGCCAUGUAACCAUUACUAGUCUGUUUUAAUGAGUGUUCAGGUCGUUAACAUAAUGAUGUGAGAACACAUUCACACUGAGACUAGACUGUAUCAAUAUAUGGUAAAACAUAACUUGUCAAAUACAUAAUACCUAUUAAAGAAUCAUAGACAUAUUACUUUUACUUACAUUCAUGAAAUGUAUUUGUAGUCACCAUGUUCUCAUCAUACUUUAGUAACAUUCCAAUGUGGCUAUGGUCUGGUAUGCCUGUCCAGUACCAGUACAAAAAACUACUUUGGUUUGGGUUGUUUUUGUUUAACGUCCUAUUAACAGCUAGGGUCAUUUAAGGACGUGCCAGGUUUUGGAGGUGGAGGAAAGCCGGAGUACCCGGAGAAAAACCACCGGCCUACAGUCAGUACCUAGCAACAGCCCCACGUAAGUUUCGAACUCGCAACCCAGAGGUGGAGGGCUAGUGAUAAAGUGUCGGGACACCUUAACCACUCGGCCACCGCGGCCCCUUAACUACUUUGGAUCUUUACUCUUCUGUCAUAUACUUCUAUCUUUUGCUCUUCCUUCUUCAUAUACUUCUAUCUUCUAUCUAUUACUCUUCCUUCUUCAUAUACUUCUAUCUUCUAUCUUUUACUCUUCCUUCUUUAUAUUCUUCAAUCUUCUACUCUUUUGUCUUUACAUACUUCUAUCUUCUACUCUUUUGUCUUUACAUACUUCUAUCUUCUACUUUUGUCUUCACAUACUUCUAUCUUCUACUCUUCUGUCUUCACAUACGUCUAUCUUCUACUCUUUUGUCUUCACAUACGCCUAUCUUCUACUCUUCUGUCUUCAUAUACUUCUAUCUUCUACUCUUCUGUCUUCACAUACUUCUAUCUUCUACUCUUCUGUCUUCACAUACGUCUAUCUUCUACUCUUUUGUCUUCACAUACGCCUAUCUUCUACUCUUCUGUCUUCAUAUACUUCUAUCUUCUACUCUUCUGUCUUCACAUACUUCUAUCUUCUACUCUUCUGUCUUCACAUACUUCUAUCUUCUACUCUUUUGUCUUUACAUACUUCUAUCUUCUACUCUUUUGUCUUCACAUACGUCUAUCUUCUACUCUUCUGUCUUCACAUACGUCUAUCUUCUACUCUUUUGUCUUUACAUACUUCUAUCUUCUACUCUUGUCUUCACAUACGUCUAUCUUCUACUCUUUUGUCUUCACAUACGUCUAUCUUCUACUCUUUUGUCUUCACAUACUUCUAUCUUCUACUCUUCUGUCUUCACAUACGUCUAUCUUCUACUCUUCUGUCUUCACAUACUUCUAUCUUCUACUCUUUGUCUUCACAUACUUCUAUCUUCUACUCUUCUGUAUUCAAAUACUUGCAUCCUCUACUCUUCUAUCUUCGUAUACACUGUACUACGUGUACAAUAUAAAACAGCUUUUUGAUAUAUGCGUAAAUCCAAUACUGAAACAGAUGCAGAGCAUCUUUCAAUAUGAAAUGUGUCAAUUAAGAUAGGAAGCUAUUUUUUGUCCCAUUCUCCACUCGAAAUUAUAAUGUAGAUUUUGUUUUGCAUAUCACUGAAACGUUAAAUCUACCAAAGUAGUGAAGUCUACAAUAUAUGUUAUUUGUUUCCUUGAUAUUUUAUAUUUCAUUUGUACUUUAUCACUAAGUGUACAGAAUAAAUAUUCAUCAUAUGUGUGAUUUGACACAAGACAGUUACAAACUAAGGAGAAAACUACAGAGAGUAUUUUUUGUAUAUAUGUGUACCUACCCAGCAUCCAUCUUCUGAUAUAUGACUUACAUGUUUAAAUUGUAACAUAGUUAGGAUUUCAAGAUGACUGGACAGGGUGAAGGUGCUAAGAAGAACUUUUCAUUAUCAAGCUUUGCCCUGCAUCUUAACAGAAAACCCGGUCAGUAAUCUCAUGCAUUUGACAGCAAUGUACUUGUGAUACAAUUUGUUUCUGUAGAAAUGGUUACAUAAAUGCUAUUUCAUGCUCAAUUCAAGGUCUUUUACCUGGAUUUUAAUUUGUCAUUCCUAUUUCCAUCCUGUUUUUGUUCCAUGAUUUUAAGCUGUUAAUGAUCAUCACUUCAAAGUCAAUAGUACAAUAAUUUCCGACAAAGUAAACCAUACAUGUGCCUAAUGCUAUAAUACGAAGUGGAAGCUUAUAUACAAUAUCUUGUUUGAACUUGAAUUUACUAUGAGGCUUAUAGGAAUGUAAGUGUUGUUUUAUAUGGAAUUGAAUUGGUUGAUAAAUAAGCCUAUUAUACAACCAUAUAUUGAAAACAAUAUCAUACGUUUUUGACAAAUUUGUGUCACAUUGCAAUGUAUGGCAGAUGAACUAUUAUUAUUCAUGCUUUUUUUCUCUGUAUUAAAUCACAUACACUUGAAUGAUUACUUACCUUGUAUUAAAGAUAUGGUAUACAAUUAUCUUUUCUCAGACAGCGUUAAAUGUUAUACUGUAGGUAUAUUUUGCUUUAAAAUACUGAUCCCAAUGCUUGUUGUUGCAUGUAUUUACACUAAAUGUCGAUAUAGGAUGAUGUCCAGUCAUAGUUUCCAUUCAUGUACUACAAUUGGGGAAAAAACAUUCAUUUAUUUUACUUAACAUGUCCUCACAACGCGAUACUUUUUUUUAUUAAAAAAGACAUGUAAAACUGCAUUCAUUAUGUGUGCAUAUUAUAUAUACAUGUAUAUUAUAAAUGUAUGCUAUUCCUAAUUAACACGGACUUACGUGAUUAUAUACUCAUGCGCCAAAACUAUUUCAACACUUGUUGUUUUUCCCUCUUCAUUUCAUGCAAUUUCAUCGUCAUUCGUUUAGGAUGUAUUUUCCCACGUUAUUUCUGCAAAAUUUGGCAUAGUCCUAGAAAAUUGUCUCCUCUUCUUACGUCUCAUUAUAAUGGCAUAAUUUUCCGCUAUUAUACAUUAUUUUUCUACACGGGACCAUUUUGUAACGUCAUUUUGACGUGAUUUCCUUCUUUGUCCCUACCAAAAUGGCAUCAUCCAAAAUUAGGCUCGCCAAUAAAACAUUGAUUUUUUCUGAAAAAAAAAGCAAACGAAAAAUUACGCCAUUAUUAUGAGGUAAAAGAAGAAAUAAUUUUCUACAAGGGUGCAAAAAUUUGCUCAAAUCCCUGAAAAAAAAUCAAAAGGCAUAAAAUAAAGAGAAAAAUGACGAGUGUUGAAUAUUUUUGCCACCUGAGUGUAGGUAUUAAAUAUACGUUUGUAUGUUGAUAUAGGUUUAUAUGUGUCUCGGCUCUUCUGUCUACCUUUUUCCUGGCUGAUAGUUUUUUUUAAAGAUUUUAAACAGGAAAUGAUGAUACAUUUAUACAUUUUUAUAUAAUGAUUAUUGAAUAAUCUUACAUUUUAUUGUAUUGUAAAUUGAAGUAUGAAUGUUAGAUUAGACAAAUAUACAGCUGUAAUACAGUGUAUUUCGAGUGAAAUCAUCUUUGCAUCUUGCCAAGUACGUGUGCCAUGUACAUUGUGUGAACAGUUAACUGUGUUAAAAGACUUAAAACUUCUCAGAUCUUUGAAUAUAGAAACUAGUUAGCACAAUGAUAAUGUACAGUAGCGAUGUUAAUUUCAUAAAAAUAUAUAUCAUUUCAUUAAAUUGUCGGUCUAUAUUUGGUGACCAUAGUUCAAAGACAUUCCCUUUUACAUAGAUUACCAUUCUGUGGAAAUGAUGUGUGCAGUGAGAACCAUCCUAUACCAGAUCCCCUAUUUGUUAUUGUUUGAAGCUAGACUUGUCACCUACCCUAGAAUUACUUCUAACCGCUAGGCUCCACUCCUUAAUACCUUUUCGAAGCGAAGCCAAGCGCAGAGUACAAGUCUAGUAAUGUAGUCAAUCAUGAUCACUUUAUCAAUAUAACAUGGCAAACAAUACUAUGUUCGGGACUUGUAAUAUACCCUGUUCGUAGUGUUUGAUGUCAGUCUUUUGCUCUGCUUUUCUUGCUAAUAUAGGAUAUAAUUUCAAAUCAAUGUAGACACAAGUUUUCCAUCAAUAUGAAUAGCGAUUGACUAAUUAGAUUUAAUUAGCAUUAUCUAACAUUUAGUGGUGAUCAGAUUAAUAUUUUUCUGUAAAAUAGAUUUUAGGACGACUCAAUACUAAUGGAGAGCGGACACGUCUUUCAAGCAAUGAUCAGUGAUGUUAUGAGUAUUUCCUACGUGUGUAGAUGCAUUGUAAUGAAUAUAUUGGAGCUUAUGUACUGUUAUUGCAUGUUUUAAUAAGUUUUAUCAUGAUUCAUUCUGCUGCAAGCAUACAUUGUUUACACAAGACUUAAAAUUGAGAUAAGAAAUUCUAUAUUUAGUAUCAGGUCGGUUUCUUAACAUAUACCCUGUGCCUAAAAACAUGCAUCUUCGCUAACCAAGGUUUCUGAUUACGUUUCACUCCACGAGUUCGUGGUUAGUUCGUGGAGUGAAACGUAAUCAGAAGCCUUGGUUAGCGAAGAUGAAAAACAUGUGACUCUCUGGUUUAUCGUUCUAAAUAUAUUUGUUAUAGGAUUUACUUGCUUAUAUGAUAUACAACUCUACUUUUAAUGUACUUAUGACUGGUCCCUUGAAUCCCAAUACAUGUUGGUAUUCCAUGGAUUACCCACACUCCUGUCACCAUUAAUUGUUAUAUCCGAAAUAGUGUUGGUAUGCGUGCCUUUUCUAUUAUGAUGUAACUAAAAGUUACGUUGAGUAAAAUGUUUGAAGUCA